GACCAUCCACUGAAAGAGUGGACAAAACAUAUCGACGAGUGGUUAGCCGAGCUUAUUCGGCAUGAAGGCCGUGGAAGCUUUGCAAACGAGACUUGCGCGGGAUGCCUGAGCACGGACACACUGUACCGAUGUGAAGACUGCUGCGACCUCCAGCUCUUCUGUCGGAACUGUACUGUUUCCCGUCAUCAGUGUGACCCUUUUCAUCGGAUCGAGGGAUGGGCCAGCCGACGGUUUCAGAAGACAACACUGAAGGCCCUAGGAUUGCGCAUACAACUCGGUCAUGCAGUUGGGGAACGAUGCGCAAAUCCUUCGAGGGCGUUUGGUGAUGAUUUCACUGUCCUGGACAUCGGCGGCAUCCAUGAAGUCGCGCUUGACUACUGCAGCUGUGAACACGCUGAAGCGAAGCAUAUUCAGCUGCUGCGUUUCCGGCUCUUCCCGGCGACUGGAGUCGACCCGAAGACAGCGUGCACGUUCAAGUUGAUGGAGCUCUUUCAUCUCCUGCGAAACCAAACAAAGGUGUCCGGAUUCGAGUUCUACAACACGUUGGCUAGACUGACCGAUAACACGGGAACGGUGGACGUUAAGAACCGAUAUACGAGUUUCAUGCGCAUGGCGCGGAUGUGGAUGCAUCUGAAGAUGCUCAAACGCUUCGGUCGCGGUCAUGACCCGAAGGGCGUCAACGCGACAGCGUGUGGAUCCUGCGCGGUACUAUGUCCUGCCUGUCCGCAUCCUGGCAUAAACCUCCCAGCGAAUUGGAAGGAUGCACCUCCGGAGAAGAGCUGGCUCUACCGGCUGUUCUUAGGGAUAGACGCUAACUUCCGGCUCAAGCGAAAGGAAGUGUCUACAGACGUCGCAGACCCAGGCUUGAACCAUGGCUAUGCCUACUUCGUUGAGGAGAGAGCUUACAAGUCGCAUUUGCAGACACAUGGGAAGGUCGAGCAGAAGGACGACGCGAACACGUGCAACAAUCACGAUGCUGUCAAGCUAGCCAACAUGAGAGGGAUCCAAGGGAUUGCGGCGAGUGGGGUGGGGACUGUUGAGUGUGUACGUCAUGACAUGAAACGUCCCUGUUCUGUUGGGGAUCUGCAGAAGGGCGAGCGAUACGUGAACAUGGAUUACCUGUUUGCGAGUAGUGUGCGCCAGCAAGGCGAGAAGAUGGCUCUCGUCGUGUCAUACGACAUCGCCUGCCAAUGGAGCGUCAACCUCUGGGAGCGCAUGCUACGAUACGAUCCCAAGUGGGACUUCGAUCGCAAAACCAUCACUUUCCUUAUUCCAAAGUUCCACCUCCCGGCGCAUCAAGCCUCCUGUCAAACGCAGUAUUCGUAUAACUACAGGAAGCACGUGGGCCGUACGGAUGGCGAGGCUGUUGAGCGGGGCUGGGCUGCCGUAAAUGGCUUCUCCGGAAGCACGAAAGAAAUGGGGCCCGGAUAUCGCCGUGACGUCCUCGACGACGCAUUUGGCGAUUACAACUGGCGUAAGGUCACUCAGUUGGCCAAGACACUUCUCGAAAAGGUCAAGAAUGCCGUCGAUGAGCGCAGCACGCACGUCCUACAAUUCGAGGAGAUCUGCGAAAAAACGGAUCCCGUGCGCGUAGCGGAAUGGACGCAGCUUGUCGAAGAGUGGGAGAAUGGUGCGGAGUAUGACCCCUUUGCCGUUCAUCGCCAUCCAGUCACAGUGGCCUCUGUCCGGCGUGCCCUUGCAGAGGAGGAUGCGGCUGCACAAGCCGAUGACCGGAGCACCACCAUGUUGCACGAGGACGUGUCGCCCAGCGUGCUCAUCAUUGCAGGGCUGGAAAUCGAGGAGCUACAGCGUCGUCUUCGGAAAGACGCUUUGAGCCUUGGUUCGACCGCUACUGACUUACAGCAAGCUGCGAUCAUUCGGCGCCGCAGUAGCUUGCAGCUUCGCAUCGAUGCGUGGCGCGAGUUUCAUGUUGAAGAAAGAGGUUUUAGGCUUAGUAAGCCCAGUGGCAGUGAAGGACUAAAGAGUGAGUGA